GGUAGAAAUUUUGAAAUGUAAAAAGAAAAAAAAAAAAAAACAGAAAAAAUGAGGAGAGGAGAAGAGAGGAGGCAUCAUACAUAGCUGCCUGAAAGCCUCCAAUGGGGGAAAAAGGCAUAUCCUCGCAAGUGGUCUUCUUUGAUACCUUACAGAAAAAGAGUGAGACCAAACUUUAGAGAGAAUAUCCAUUAUUGUUAUCGUACCUCUAAAGAUUCCUUCGCUACAAAUUCCCUCUCCAUUUUCAUUUUUACACUCCAUCAGACUGUUAAUCAAAAUCAUCAAACUAACACUCACUCUCCCCCACCCUAUAUUAUGCUUAACCCCUCUUUCAUCAUGACACCCUCUUCCUCUUAUUCUCUCUCUAUAAAUCCCACUCUCUCUCCUCCUUUUUUCUCCUCCACUUCUUCUCCUUCUUCAGCUUAUUGUUCUUGUGGUUCUUCGGCUCACAAUAACUCGGUUUCUUUUACAUCUUUUAGAACAAGACCCGUUAUAGUUUCUUGCAAACAAAAAUCUGGGAGGUUAAAAAGAUUCCCACUUGUUAAAGUUAAAGAAACUGAUAACAUGACUAUUAGGGAGUUUAGAGAGGAGGAGGAAGAAGAAGAGGAGAAUCCACCUCCUUUGCUUGAUUCUGAAACCAAUUCUAGGCCUCGCCGCAUUGCUCUUUUUGUCGAGCCUUCCCCAUUUGCAUAUGUCUCAGGGUAUAAAAAUCGUUUCCAGAACUUUAUCAGAUAUUUACGCGAAAUGGGGGAUGAGGUGAUGGUCGUGACAACACAUGAAGGAGUACCUCAGGAAUUUUAUGGAGCAAAAUUGAUUGGAUCACGGAGCUUUCCCUGCCCCUGGUACCAGAAGGUGCCACUUUCUCUGGCACUUAGUCCAAGAAUAAUUUCAGAGGUUGCACGGUUCAAGCCCGACAUAAUACAUGCAUCAUCACCUGGAAUAAUGGUUUUUGGCGCCCUCAUUAUUGCCAAACUACUGUGUGUCCCCAUAGUGAUGUCAUAUCACACUCAUGUCCCUGUAUACAUCCCAAGGUACACUUUUAGCUGGCUGGUGAAACCAAUGUGGUUGAUUAUAAAAUUUCUUCAUCGAGCUGCUGAUCUUACACUGGUGCCAUCUGUUGCUAUUGGGAAGGAUCUCCAAGCAGCUAGGGUGACAGCAGCUAAUAAGAUCCGCCUUUGGAAUAAGGGUGUUGAUUCUGAAAGCUUCCACCCUCGUUUCUGUUCUCAUGAAAUGCGAUGGCGAUUAAGCAAUGGUGAACCUGAUAAACCAUUAAUAGUCCAUGUUGGACGACUUGGAGUUGAGAAGAGUUUGGAUUUCCUCAAAAGGGUCAUGGAUAGGCUUCCUGGAGCAAGAAUUGCCUUUAUUGGAGAUGGGCCAUAUAGAGAGGAGCUGGAGGAGAUGUUCUCUGGCAUGCCUGCUGUGUUUACUGGGAUGUUGGGAGGAGAAGAGCUCUCUCAGGCAUAUGCCAGUGGGGAUGUCUUUGUGAUGCCUUCAGAAUCUGAAACACUAGGUCUUGUUGUUUUGGAGGCUAUGUCUUCAGGGAUUCCUGUGGUGGGAGCUCGUGCUGGGGGAAUCCCAGAUAUAAUUCCUCCUGAGCAGGAAGGAAAAACCGGUUUUCUCUUCAAUCCUGGUGAUCUUGAUGACUGCUUGGGCAAAUUAGAGCCAUUGUUAAACAACUGUGAAUUGAGGAAAACCAUGGGUAAAGCAGCACGUGAAGAAAUGGAGAAGUAUGACUGGAGGGCGGCUACUAGAAAAAUACGCAACGAACAAUACAAUGCUGCAAUUUGGUUCUGGCGUAAGAAGAGAGCACAGUUUCUGAGACCUAUUCAGUGGCUGGUAAAACGCAUUUUUCCAUCUCCGGAAGUUAAUUAUAGGUGAUGGAUGUAUCUGGGUGACUGCAGAAUAUGGGGAAAAGAAUCCUAGGGAAGUUUGUUGGUGGUUCUGGACUUGCUCUUGAUUUCAAGAGAGCACCGAAGGGUUGUGGAUGAUUUGAUUAUUUGUGAAGCAUCCAUUUUUCAUUUGUUGUAUAUUAAUGGCCAUACAUAAUGGUCAAGUUUGCAAUGAUUGAUUUGGAUAGUUUUUAGUGUGAUGUAAAUCUAAUUGUAAUGCUCUUUCACCCUGUUUUUUCUUUAAUAAUAUUUUCUAGGAAAUCAGAAAGGAAAGAUUACGAUCAA